UUUACUUCCAUUUGCUUAUAUUAAUUAUAGAGAAAACAUUGAACAGAAUGGAUAAUGAUGACUCCGAGGAUGCACCAGAAAUGGAAAUCAACACUGAAAAUAUAAACGCCAAAUCUGAAAUAAUUUUAAAUGACCUUCGGCUCUUGGAACUGAUCUACAUGCAUCCAUAUCUAAUUAGCAACGCACUGAACCCCCACAAUGAUAAUGAUUAUGAAGAGUGGGGCUGGGAGCAAAUAACAAAUGCCUUCAACUGUAGCUAUGAAGGUUUGAAUCUCAACACUCCAUUUUGCAUUGAGAAGCUCCGAUGGCGCUGGGAUAUCUUGCGGCCCAUGUGUCAUUCGUUCAAGGACAAGCACAGCCAAUUGCCAACCCAACUUCGUAGUAUUAUGAGGGAAAUCAACCAAUUGAUGAACGCUGCACCGCAAAUGAAAUUCCGAGAAGAUAUUCCAACCCAAUCGUUUAUUCUUGACCAGAUACCGUUCAUCGAACAAUUGCCGCUUUCUCUGCAACGACCGUUGGAGGUAGAGAUUCUAAAUGCCAUAUUUAUCGAAGAGAGAUCAGAGGGCAUUUCCCUAGGCGCGAAAGAAACGAAACUGGCACAGAGCGAGUACGAACACUUCUUUAAGGCAAUACGCGUCAAGGAGCUGCCAAAAAAUGCCAUUUCCCGCAAGAGCUCCAUCCACAACAGCACGGGAACUAACCCAGACAGCUCCAAGGCUACGGCAAGCAAAGCUAAUACACAUGAGAGUGAACUGGUCUUCACUAAAGUACAUUCCAUGCCAAAUACAGAGAAGCCACGGCCUGAACCAUUACCCAUGCAGCCUGAACCAGUGCCCAUGCAGCCUGAGCCAGUGCCCAUGCAGCCUGAACCAGUGCCCAUGCAGCCUGAGCCAGUGCCCAUGCAGCCUGAACCAGUGCCCAUGCAGCCUGCACCAGUAACCAAAAAGCCCGAAUCCCAACACCAGCAACCUGAACCAAAGAACCCGCAGCCAGAACCACAACACUCAAAGCCUCAAACAGAACAUCCCAAGCCUAAACCAAUUCAACUGUUCACACAACCGCUAAUCAUCAAAGAGGAACCACCAGAUCUGUUUCAAGUAGAGCAGCAAGAAUUAAAGAGAAAGCUACGAGACACACACGCUCAGCUUCAGAUGCGCUAUGUUCCACUGGACAGCGUCAGGCUCUAUGUAAAAAAGGUGCGAGUGAGGGUGAAACGCUUAGAUCUGGCCGACUAUGUGCGACAAUCGAACCGGCGACAGUUACGGAAAUGCAGAGUUAAAAUGUAUAAGUAAAAGUUCUUCAAAGACAAGGCAACAAGUCAGUUAGCCACAUAAGACGCUCGCUCAGUCAGAUGAGAUCCAGCUGCACAAUAAGAAUGCUUCAAGUAGUAUUGAAGCGUCGAUCUGUAUAUAUGUAUAUGUAGAUAGAAUAUAACGCUUAAUUUUAUAUAUC